CCUCACGAUCCUUACGGAACCACAUGAGGGGAAACGUCUUUGCCGUCCCCGGUUCUUGUGUCCCCGUGCUGCCGUCGAGAAUGUCAAGCUGGGUCUGAAGAGGCAUGGCUCUGAAUCUGAUCCAGAGAUGUCAGCUGUUCAGGCAGCUCCACCGCUGCCCUCCUGUCGGACCCGUCCGCGCCACCAGGCUCCUGGGGGCCAUUGGAAACAGUCCGACGUGCAGAGCCUGCCUGUCCACCUCAGCCGGCGGCUGCAUCCGGAUUCCGGUCUGCAAGAAGCUCCACUUGGACUGCGGGAGAAGAAACCUGACCACCAUCGUUAAGGAGCCCUCUUUUGUCGCUAGCAGCUCUGUUGGACUCCACAGAGAGUCAGGACCUCGGUUCCGCCUGACCCAGCUGCACCCGCCCACGGCUGCAGAGGAGCAGGCCUUCCAGCAGCGUCUCGGGGGCUGCUCCUCGUCCCGGCAGGUCUUCACGCUGCUGCGCGCGGUGGAGAUCAUGUCUGACACCAUGGCUGCAGCGGCACUCCACCGCGUGGCCGAUCUGGAGCACGAGAGUGGCUCCCUGAAGGAUCCCACGGUGCUGGAGAAGGACACCAUCAGAGCUCUGUGCUUCCAGCUGGAGCAGGACUCUGUGCGGCUGACAGAUGCCGGACUGGUAUCGGCUCUCCUGGCUUGCACCCGCCUCCUCUUGGAUCCCUGGAGCACGCUGAUGGUGCGGCUGGUGUCUGAGAGCCAGGAGAGGCUGGACAGAGGGCAGAUGAGUGUAGGGCAGCUGUGUACUCUGGGCCGGGCAAUGCUGGCUGUGGGGGGUCCUGGCUGUGUGAUGCUGGAGCAGGUGAUGGAGCAAAUCAAGAAGCAGGAGCCGGCCCGGUGGAGCCUUGCGGAUCUCACGGCUGCCUAUAGGUUUCUGCAAGGUGCCGUGGGUCAAGACGGAAAACACCGGGACCUGCUGAACUCCAUGCACUCCCACGCCGUGACAGUCUCCUCCCGCAUGGAUCCUCCUGCUGUCAGCGGGCUGCUUGGCGCCCUCGUGGCCCUGAACCAGACGCAGGCCAUGCCUCUUGUGAUCAGGCUGUGUAAACAGGCCGUGCGGCAUGUGCCUCACUUCACGGAUGAGGAACUCGCCGUUGUGCUCGGGGCCUUGAUGCACUUUGGUCACAGUGAUCAUUACUUUGUGGAGGCCAUGGAGAGGUACGUGCCCACCAUGACCUUCACCUCCCACCCAGAGACGGUGACCAAGGUGAUUCAGUUCUUUAGCCGGAGGAACAUCCUUUCCCCGACCGUGUUUGACGCCGUCGCAGAGAGCUUUGUGUACCGAGCAGACGACUACAGCACCAGCCAGGUGGCCAGGCAGAUCAUGGCUUUCGGAAAGCUCGGCUACCUUCCUCCCAACGCCGCCGAGGUCUUCGGGAAAGUUGAAACCGUCCUGCGCGCUCGCUUCUCACACUUCCAGCCCCGGACGCUGCUCAACCUCCUGCACUCCUGCACCCUGGUGGAGCGGGUCCCUGUCAACUUUGUCUCCAAAGUGUUCAGCCGGUACUUCUUACAGCAACUGCAAGAGCAGGGCACAGGAAUGGACCGGCUCGUCCUGGCACAGCUGACCCAGCUCUACAUGACUUUGAAGUUGGAGUGUCCUUUUUAUGAGGGUUCCAGGCUCCUUCCCAAGUACCGCGUCAAGUCCUUCCUCAUGUCUGGACGCUCUCUGGAGACGCCCGUGGAUGCACAUCUGUACAACUCUGUUAAAAAUGGACUGGUGGAUUUGCUCGGGGCCCGUUCAUACUUUGGAUCCAAAGUUCUGACCCCGUACUGCUACACGCUCGAUGUGGAGAUAAAACUUGAUGAAGAAGGAUAUGUGCUCCCUGCCAGUCAGAUUGAUGACGUAUACAAAAGGAUCGCGCUUUGUAUUGACGGACAGAAGAGGUUCACUACGAACACGAGGCAGCUACUUGGAAAAGAGGCCAUCAAGCAGCGACAUCUGAGGCUUCUGGGAUAUGAAGUUGUUCAGAUUCCUUACCAUGAAUUUGAAAAGCUGCUAAACAAGACCAGUGUGGUGGAAUAUCUGCACCAAAGAAUCUUCCCUCACACGUACAGGCUGAGCUGGUGACGACGCGAAGGACGACGCUGUGAAUCACUUCAGUUGAGCUCCAACUCGCUUCAAGAAAUCAGUAUUUAUUUUUUUCAAGUAAAUGUAAAUAAUAAAUGAUGCAUUUUUAAGUUA